AUGGCUGACGUUUGUUUAAAUGUUUCAGUAAAUCCAGCAAAGAGCAUGGUGUGCAAACCUAUGUGGAGCCACCACCUGGUUUGCAAUAGGACUGUGCCAAAUCACUGUAUGAAGCCUCGCAAUCAGUCUGGGUUUACCAAGGCCUUGACCGAAAAGGUGCAGCACAUUCUUCGUGAAGCCAGCUCCAAUCUUGUCUCCAUAUACCCUCUGGACAUGGCCAUCAACUCUGUAGACGACGACUAUCAGGGCUGUGAGAGACAGAUGCUCCUGAAAGUCCAGCAGAAAUACCUACCUAAAGAGAUGUGCUUGAAUUUCAGUACAGCUUGGAAGGAAGCUGAGAAUUACUACAAUGAAAAUCCGUCUGGUCCCCUUGAUAAAAUGGAGGCCAUGGCCAUUCAUGUGUAUGUCAACCCAUUCCAGAAUGUCUACAAACCCUUCAAUAGCGCCACCCUCAUUGGCAAGGCAAACUACAUGUCUGAGUACCAGUACCACUCCCUCCACUUCCUCCUAACCAGAGCCUUACAAAAGCUGAACAAGAGAAAUAUAAAAAAAAUUGUUUAAGAUUAAGCAGAAUACCUUCCGUGGAACCAAAACUGAAUUCAAAGGCGAAAUAGGGACCAAGAUUCGAUUUGGCCAGUUUACUUCAAGUUCAAAAAACAAAAUAUCAGCUGUGCGUUU